AUGGCGGAUAAAAAAGAUGGCAAGAAAUCAUUGAGCUUCAGUUCCAGCCCUUAUCGAAUCCUCCGAGAACUUUUUGCUCAUUCUAAGCUCUCAUCCAAACCGUCUGAUGAUGAAGAUAAGUUAUCAUCAAGGUGGCGACAAGAUAAAACUUUAUCGAACGACAGCAAAAGUGAAGAAGAUGAAACCACAUUGACAUGGAAGACCAACGUCACCUCAGCCAAGUUUAUAUUCACACAAAGAAAUGCUGAUAAAACUCUCGUGAUUGAUAAGUGGGAAGAUUUUGACCUUGUGUGGAUUUUUGACUAUGCGGGUGCAGAUUAUUCAAGUUUACCUAAACAGGACCCCUGUGACAGUUCAUACGGUGCAACUGAGAGUGUUGGUGGUGGCAUUGAAUCAGUGGAAAAAGACUCAGAAGCAGAUUCUGUUCAAUCGGAUCAUUUUGCCUCUGAAAGAGUCAGUUCUGUAACACUGAAUGGCCCAAAUUGUACAUUCAAGCUGGAAGGUAAAAUCGUAGAAACGUUGCUAAAACAUCAGCUGGAUGGCUUGAAGUGGCUCUGGUCCUUGCAUUGCCAGGGAAAAGGUGGGAUCUUGGGAGACGACAUGGGUUUGGGGAAAACAAGGCAGAUUUGUUGUUUUCUAGCUGGUUUAUUGAAUUCACGUUUGAUUAAAAAGGCAUUGGUGGUGGUACCAAAAACCUUGCUUCCCCAUUGGAUCAAAGAACUAUCUGCUGUAGGUCUUUCUGAGAAGACAAGAGGAUAUAAUGGAACUUCUAAAAAGGCUCGAGAGGAAGGACUUUUUCAGCAUGAAGGUGUUCUCCUCACAACAUAUGGCAUUGUUCGUGGCUAUUCUAAAUCAUUAACAAAGCACAGGCACUUACGAUCUUAUGAUGAGAAAAGCCAAGACAACCCCAAAUGGGAUUACGUGAUACUUGAUGAGGCCCAUUAUAUAAAGAAUCCAAAAACACAGAGAGCUAAAAGUUUGCUAGAGAUACCAUGUCCCCAUCGCAUAGUCGUCAGUGGCACGCCAUGGCAAAAUGAUCUUAAGGAGAUGUGGGCCUUGUUCAAUUUCUGCUGUCCUGGGUUGCUCGGUGAUAAGGAAUGGUUCGAAGAAAAAUUUGAGUGGCCCAUACUUUGGGGCCGUGACAGAAGAGCUUCUAAAGAAGCCAAGCGGUUGGCUUCCUCUUCGGCAAAGGAGCUCAGAGAUCUUAUUCAUCCUUUCUUUUUAAGUCGUCAAAAGAGUGAGGUUGGUGAAGUUAAAAUUUCUAAUAAACAAGACAUUGUUGUGUGGCUGCGACUGACCAAUAUUCAGCGACAGCUUUACAAGAAAUGUUUGAAGAGUGUGAACUAUAAAACAAUAUAUGGAGCACCGUUUGCUGCAAUUGAGAUGAUGAAGAAAAUAUGUGAUCAUCCACUUCUGUUGUUUAAACGGAACCUGUCAGGAGGUAAAUACAGGAAGCUGUUGAAUCUAGCAGAGGCUGAUCUUGCAGAUAGUUUGGCAAUGCGCAUGAAAGGUGUUGGUGACGCGUACAAGUUCAAAGAUAUCUCCUGCAAAACGUCUUUCAUAAUGUCACUAUUGGGUAAUUUGAUUCCACAGGGGCAUUAUGUGAUUAUAUUUUCUGGAAGACUCAAGAUGCUUGAUCUUAUUCAGAAAUCCCUAUUGUCCGAAGGUUAUAAAUUCUUACGAAUUGAUGGAACAACAAAAGUCAAGGACAGAACAAAGAUUGUUAGUGAUUUCCAAAAUGAUGUGGCUCCCAUAUUUCUCUUGUCAUCUAAAGUUGGCGGUUUAGGGUUGACACUAACUAGGGCUGAUCGAGUGAUUGUGGCUGGCCCUGAUUGGAACCCAAGUACGGACAACCAGAUUGUCGAUCGUGCAUAUCGUAUUGGUCAAACGAAAGAUGUUGUUGCAUAUAGACUAAUUACGUGUGGAACAUUCGAAGAAAAAGCAUACAGGAAGCAGGUAUUCAAGGACGGAUUGUGUAAAACAGCAAAAGAGCAUAAAGAACAAAAUCGUUACUUCAGCAGGAGGGAUCUCAAAUAUCUUUUCAGUCUCCCCGAAAAAGGCUUUGAUGUAUCUGUCACCCAGCAGCAAUUAGAGAGGAAGCAUGAUUGGCAAAAGACAAUGGAUGAGUCUUUUAAAGAACAUAUAGAGUUCCUGAAAAGUCUAGGCAUAGCUGGAGUUAGUCACCACAGUGUACUCUUCUCCAAAGAAGCAUUGGAUGAAGAUGAGCCUGAAAAUGAUAAAGCACCAAGAGCUGAGUGUGGAUCUGAUCUAUUAGCCCGGAAGCAUUUCCUGGAGCGUAAAUCCAGGUUCAGAAAAUUGGACUGGGCUGGCCGAUUCGCACAAGACUCCAAUGAAUGGAACCAUAGUGGAAAGCAGAAGACUUUCCAAACUAAGUUGAGAAAUCAGGUGGACGAAUUCAAACUUAAGAGCCGUUCGCAAUUAGAUGUUGAAGUGAACCGACGUGAUGUUGAAAUUUCAUCGUCCACAGGCCGCAAGACUAAACACACGCAGUGCCAAACCCGGAAGAGCAAUGAAAGCAUCAUCCCUCGUCUUAUCGAUAGAGCGAGAAGGCUUUUUAAGAUAAUGAGAUGA